GAGCAGCAGCCCCUGAUCAUGUGACUCCUCCUCCUCCAUGUGACUGAUCACAUGACGGUGACAUCAUGCAGGUCCUGUCAGCACACGACUCCUGUACAGUCUGCAGGUGGAGGUUCCUAUAAGGUGUCAGGACGUGGCGGUCUAUUUCUCCAUGGAGGAGUGGGAGUAUGUAGAAGGACACAAGGAUCAGUACAAGGAUCAGGUCAUGAUGGAGGAUCAGCAGCCCCUCACAUCACCAGUCAGAUCCAGUAAGAGAACAGCACCAGAGAGGUGUCCCCGUCCUCUUGAUGAGCAAAAUAUGGAGGUCAUUACUACAGAGAAAGAUCUCCUCUAUAUUAAUGCUACAGACAUAAAGGAAGAAGAAGAGACAGAUGUGAGCAGUGAUGAGCAGUAUAAGGAGGACAUUCCUGCAGGGAAAGAUCUGAUCAAUAUUAAUGCUACAGACAUAAAGGAAGAAGAAGAGACAGAUGUGAGCAGUGAUGAGCAGUAUAAGGAGGACAUUCCUGCAGGGAAAGAUCUGAUCAAUAUUAAUGCUACAGUCAUAAAGGAAGAAGAAGAGACAGAUGUGAGUGGUGAUGAGCAGUGUAAGGAUGACUUUCCCACAGAGAAAGAUCUGAUCUAUAUUAAUGCUACAGACAUAAAGGAAGAGGAAAAGACAGAUGUGAGCGGUGAUGAGCAGUAUAAGGAGGACAUUCCUACAGGGAAAGAUCUAAACAAUAUUAAUGCUACAGAAAUAAAGGAAGAAGAAAAGACAGAUGUGAGUGGUGAUGAGCAGUAUAAAGAGGACAUUCUGACAGGAAAAGAUCUGGAUAUUAUUAAUGCUACUGAUAUGAAGGAAGAAGAGACAGAUGUGAGCAGUGAUCAGCAGUAUAAGGACAUUCCUACAAGUAACCACCCAGGGGAGUAG